AGUUAGGCAGGAAAGAGCACAUGAGAGAAACCCAGACAAAAUAAGCGACUGGGGCUAACUGCAAAGAUGUCAAAGAACCUCUUAACCUUUCUCCGCUUCUUUGUGCUCUUGCUUGGCUUUUCGAUUAUUUGCUUAGGAGCCUUUUGCAUCUCUACAGGUGCCCCUGGCUGCAAGUGCAAUAGCUUGCCUAUAGCCUAUUUUCUGUUACCCUUGGGGUUCUUUCUUCUCAUCACUGGGAUUUUCUGGAGCACUUAUCAUGAGGCCAGUAAGCACAAGAGCUUAUUUCACAGCAUUUUAUCCGGAAAUCGUAGAAUCCGAGAGAGCCAUGUCAAUACCAUAGACAGGCCUGACUUCUACCCUCCCUCUUAUGAAGACAGCACAGAUCCUGAAAAGCAGACAUUUCCCCUGCCAGUCAGCCCACUGGAAAGAGAGAAGGAAACGUAUAACAUACCUCCACCUCUGUACACAGAGAGCAGCUUUGAAUUCAUUGACGAAGCGAGCACCCAGGAAGAACAGCCGCCUUCAUAUGAAGCAUCCCUGAAGCAGGGAACAACCGAACAUGAUUCAACACCUAUAGAGACUUCUAGCCCACCUGUGCCAGAGACCAGCUGCUAAUGAAGCGGCUUGUCAGAAGGCUUGAGCAGGACAUGGAAGAAUGUCUGCUGUUCUGGGAACCAGGCAGCGGCUAGGGCAUUGUAUGUCAAAUGCUGUGGAAGUGGACGGAGCACAGGGCUGCUCUAUCAAUGUGCAUUGGGUGCCAGGGUAGCCUUGUGAGUAGUACUCAGUGGCUGGCAGUGUGGCAUUAGAAAGGUUAUUUCAGAAAUAAUGUGGUACUCUCAACCAGGAAAACUGCCUAGUGUGUUUAAGGCUAUGACUGAUGUCACUGGGUUCAAAACAGUAUAGCUGGCUGGUUGCAAUACUGUUCACUUUGGAUCUGCUUGUUUACAUUGUUGUGGUUUUACUCUGCCCAUGUGAAGAAAUGGCAGCAAGAACCAACACCAUCAUGUAAAGAGCAACAGCAGCAGUAUCAAAUAAACUGCCAGAGGCAGGGACAUUGUGGAAAGAGUGAAAAAAGAAAUCCUAAUGAUUUCUAAUGAUGAACUAUGGAGGCAUGUGCGUGCACACACAUACACAUGUUCUAAAUGAAAUCAGCUGAAGGGAAGCAUUUUAUUCUUCCUUUGGCAUUUACAAAGAUGAUGGGAGGCAUUUUUCCAGCUUUAAACUCCUGAGGGUAAAUAAUACAUCUUGUAACAGAGAGACAGUUGUGGUGGCUGAAUAAAACUAAAUCUUGAUUGGAUCGCAGAGUCUAAUUUUACAGCUGAAGUAACCAAAAGGCUUUGAUUUAAACUCAGGUAGUUUCACUAAAAUAUGUACAAAUAACACUGAAGAAUAUGGACAUAGACUGUUUUAUCUAGGCUGCUGAAUUGGCUUUAUUUUGUAUGUAAUUGUUGUGGCAUUUUUAUGAAAUACAUAUAGAUGGUGGUCCUCAGCCACAUGCCAUGUGGACAAAGUGUUGUUUAGGAUGAAAUAUAAUGGUGAAAGCAGUUCUUUGUUGAUGAGUAUUUCUUUUGAAAAAUGCUAUUGGUAUUAAUAACAUAAUUUCCCCAUUAUGUUUAAUAACUGUGUCUCAGGUCUUGAGGGGAAAAAUUCCAAAGCUGAUGUCUUGAUAAAUGUGACCAACUAGGUAUGGAAACCAUGAACACUUGAACUAUAGAAUAACUAGAAUUGGUGCAUCUGAUGUCGAUGUGUGAUAUCUGUUUACAUCUCCCAUCAGCUUUGACAUCCAUUUUCUUUGUUAGCAAAGGCUAAAUGUGGGAUAGAAAAUCUCUUGAUGAAUUAUCUAACAGUUGGCAUUUUGUAAUGUAAUCUAACAGUUGUUUAUUUUGUAAUGGCCAUGAGUUUGUACUCUGCUCUGGGACCACCUGGUUUACAUACUGCAUUGCACUUUCUUCUAAUAAAGUUUUGUACUGAAAACUG